UUUACACAGUGGCACCACCAAGGUUCCUUCUCUUCUGGCCUGACGCAUCGCAUUUCCUAUACAGCAUCCCAAGAACCACAGUGCUCACGGUAAUUGUAAUAUCCACGUGUCUCAACGUCUUUUGCGAGGGUUUCGGCACCCGGCAUCCGUUGGUUCAGCAAUCCACUCAAAUAUGGCAGUCCAGAUUCUUUCAGACCUGCACCUAGAAGCCCCAAAAGCCUACGACGUCUUCGAAAUCGUUCCCAAGUCGCCGCACCUGGCGUUACUAGGUGACAUCGGAACCGUCGCGGCACACAAAGGAGAUUUUCUCGACUUCCUGACUCGACAGUUGUCCCAGUUUCAGACAGUGUUCUUCGUCCCUGGAAAUCACGAAGCGUACCAUUCCAACUGGCCCGAGACCCUCGACAUUCUGCGCUCUUUCCAGAAGGGUGUUCGCCAGAACCAGUCACUAGGAGAGUUUGUGCUGCUCGACCGCGACGUCUUCAGAAUGCCAGGCUCCAACGUCGUCAUUCUAGGCUGCAGUCUCUUCUCCCACGUCCAGUCCGAGAGCCACACGGCAGUCAGCCUCGGUCUCAAUGACUUCUUCCAGACCAAGGAGUGGAACGUGAACGCGCACAACGAGGCGCACGGGCGGGAUCUUGCCUGGCUGAAUGCACAGGUUGCAGACCUCGAGGACUCCGACGUCAAGAUAGUCAUCUUUUCGCACUGGAGCCCGACCCUAGAUGCUCGGGCCAUCGAGCCCAGACACGCCGGGAGUCGGAUCACGAGCGCAUUCUCGACUGACUUGUCCAAUGAGAAGUGCUUCAAGAGUAGUAGAGUGAAGCUAUGGGCUUUUGGUCACACUCACUACAACUGCGAUUUUGUAGUCGAGCGAGAGGACGGCGCCGACGCAUUGAGGCUGAUGGCGAACCAGAGGGGCUAUUACUUCGCCCAGGCCGAGGGUUUCGAUGCUGAAAAGACGGUCGCCGUGUGAUGGAACAAAGCGAAAGGAAGACCUGAUUUUAAGAAGGCUUUGCCACGACAAGAAGGGAGAUAUACUGCAGAGCUAGCAGUAGACUGAGUUGCUCAACUUCAUAAUAUAUGCACCUCUCA